AUGAUCACAUCAGCAUGGGGCCAAUCCUGGCGAUCCUCAACGUGGUUCACCAUCACGGCAAUGAUUGCGGCGCUCUUCACCGCCAGCUUCAUCGUUCCCAUUCUUCCAUACAUGUUGGAAGCUCGAAUAGGCCUAGACCCAUCCCGCACACAGAGAACAAUCUCUUGGCUUCUAGCUGAGAAUGCGGCUGUCGACGUCAUCGUUCGAAUCCCGCUAGCCCAUUUCGCGGAUAAGUCUACCUCGACUCGAGGAUGGUUGCUUUCGGCAUUGGGGAUUAUUAUGAUGAAUACUGCUGCGACGGCAGCUGGGUUAUAUUCUGAUGAAGUACAAGUACCGGUGUUGUUUAUCACCCAAUCUGUACAGGCUGUUGCUAGUAGUAUCAUGUGGGUGGCGGGAUACACGACCGUGGCUAAAGUAACUUCGAUUGAGAAUACUGCUAAGACCUAUGCUUUGAUUUCUAUGGCGUCUUGUUUGGGGUAUUCGACAGGGCCGAUGGUAUCUGGUACCCUCCUUCAGCUGAAAGGGUACUGGGUAGCAUGGACGAGUGCUUUUUUGCUUCUCGGUAUCGAUAUGGUUUUUCGUCUGUUGAUGGUGGAGAAGAAGCGAGAGGAAACAGAUACCACUGGCGACUCGGUCACCGAGCAGAAUCCGGAUUCUGAAAGAUCGGCUCUCCUCUCCACCCAUACUGAGGAAUCUGAGACCUAUGCAGCACCCAAGACGAUACCAAACUUCUACCGAUGCAUCUUUAGCAAGGUCAACUUCGUCGCUGGUGUAUACCUUAGCGUUGUGUUCGGCCUUUUGAUCACCUCCUUCAACGCUACUAUCCCCCUGCAUGUGCGCGACGUAUUCGGCUGGGGUGGUAUGCAGUCCGGUUUCAUGUUCGCAUGUCUCCAGGCUCCUCGUCUGGCGAUGUCCCCAUUUGUAGGUUGGUUGAAGGAUCGCUUUGGAACGAGGAUACCAACUGCUUUUGGAUUCGCUACUCUAGCUCCGCUUUUUUGGCUUUUGGGUGUUCCGGGUAGUGCGCAGUUCCCAUCCAUUGAUGUCGAGACCUGGGGAUCUACUAUAUAUGUGUCAGCGAUGAUUUUGAUUGGAUUUCAGACUACCUUUCUGAAUGGAUCGGGGAUGAUUGAAGCUACAGGUAUGUUGAGCAUUUGGAGUUCCUAUUCAUGGCUGUUCACUGACUCGCGAGAAGUCGCUAUGAGUGAGCUCCAAAAGGAGUAUCCUGGGGCAUUUGGUCCCAAUGGUGGGAAGUCACGCGCUGUUGCAAUUGUCGGUGUUGCUUGGACAUUGGGUGCUUGUAUUGGGCCUCUUCUGGGUGGAACACUCAACGAGAAAUUCGGAUACUAUGUGAUGAAUUGCGUCGUUGUUGGCAGUGAUCACUAA